CUGCCGGGACAUCUCAGGGCACUCUCAGGAAAUGAGGAACCUGCUGAAGAAGUUUCUAGCCUUGGGGGAGGUCAAGACGCUGAGCCAUCUCCUGGAGCAAAGUUCCCUCCUCCUCUCUCCCUCCUCCAGCCCUUCCUUCCGACCCCUGGCCCUUUCUCUCCAACCUUCCCCUCCCCUCCUCCAUUUCCCUCCUCUUUCUACUUUCAGAGAACACAGGGUUCCUGCAGGAAAUGGGGCAGUUUCACCUUCCUGAGGAGGGGCCUGGGAGGGGCAGCAGGUGGCCGAGUAGGGCCAGCCCAGCUGUGAGGCUGGCGUGGGAGCUGCCUAGGCUGGGGCCUUGCUGGGGAGCAAGCCUGCAUCGCAGAGGCCAGGGCAGAGCGACUCCUCACAGCCUGAAACUCGUCCUCCUGCACGGGCCGGCCAGGCCAGCACAGAGGCACCAGGGCAGCAGCGCACGCAGGUCCCUGGGGACCCUGCCAUGUGGACCAGAUGGUGGCUCUGGCCCCUUGUGGCCGUCUGCACUGCAGACUUCUUUCGGGACGAGGCAGAGAGGAUCAUGAGGGACUCCCCUGUCAUUGAUGGGCACAACGACCUGCCCUGGCAGCUGCUGCGUAUGUUCAACAACCGGCUGCAGGACGCGAGGGCCAACCUGACCACCUUGGCUGACACACACACCAACAUCCCUAAGCUGAGGGCUAAGCCGUGGGGAGGUCAGUUCUGGUCCGUGCACAUCGCCUGCGACACCCAGAACAAAGACGCUGUGCACGCUGAGCAGAUAGACGUGGUCCACCGCCUGUGCCAGAUGUACCCUGAGACCUUCCUGUAUGUCACCAGCAGUGCAGGCAUCCGGCAGGCCUUCCGGGAAGGGAAGGUGGCCAGCCUGAUCGGGUGGGAGGGCGGCCACCCAUUGACAGCAGUUCGGGCGCCCGGCGGGCGCCUAUCGCUGGGCAUGCGGUACCUGACCACCCACACCCGCAACACGCCCUGGGCUGACAACUGGCUGGUGGACACGGGAGACAGCAAGCCCCAGAGCCAAGGCCUGUCACCCUUUGGGCAGCGUGUGGUGAAGGAGCUGAACCGUCUGGGAGUCCUCAUCGACUUGGCUCACGUGUCUGUGGCCACCAUGAAGGCCACCCUGCUGUCCAGAGCCCUGUCAUCUUCAGCCACCUCAGCCUACAGCCCAGCAAGCCGGCGCAACGUGCCUGGACGACCACAGAGCCUGGUGAUGGUGAAUUUCUACAACAAUGAGGCUUCCUGCACCAACAAGGCCAACCUGUCCCAAGCUCCUGAGGCUGAGGACGUCUCCAGCAUCCCAGACCUGAUCGCUCGAGCUGCUCAGGAGGAACUGGACAGAGGCGAGGUCAAGGCCAGCAACUCCCACGCAGGCUCCCGAGGAGGAGCCUCAUCCCGCAGGACGAGCGGGGCGGUUUCUGCAGGACGAUACGGCUACCUCCGGGGCCUCCAGCCUCCAUCGCCAGUGGGGGUUCCUGCUGGCCUCCUCGCUGCCCUGGUCCUCUGUCUGUGCCCCCAGAAAGCUGGGAGACCAGAGCCCCGUUUAGGGCUCCUGGAGUUCAGGGAAGACCUGCCCAUCCAGACCUGA